UUUCCGGGUCAUGUGGGCUUUCUUCGAAUGCUUCUCUCCCAACCCAACAUCACGCCUUCCCCUCACCCCCAUGACCCCCAGCCGCCCCAUGGAUCCCCUGCCGCCGCCGCCGCCGCCCCCGCCGCCCGCCCGCGUCGCCGACGGCGAGGGCCAUGCUAGCCGUCGCCACGUGGCUCCGCGCGCGCCACCGGAGCGGCCGCUGCCUCCUGCUGGCGCUCUGCUCCCCGGUGCUCGUCCCCCUGCUCUGCGCCACUUUCCCCCUGCUCUGCGCCGCCGAGCUCUGCCUCCGGCUCUGCUGCCGGAAGAGGAGAUCCGGGGACGAGGGCUGCGGCGGAGGCGAGGAAGGGGAGGAUGAGGAGGAAGAGGCGGCGGAGCGGCUGCGGAGAUGCGAAGAGGGGCGCUGCGGCGGCGGCGGCGGCGGCGGCGGGGAGAGCGAGGUGGGGGCGUUGCUCCAGCGGUACUUGGAAGAUCAGCUGAGGCUGGUGGGAUCUGUGUACGAGUGCGGGGACGACGGCGACGGCGACGGCGACGGGCGACGACGGGGAUGUCGGGUUUCUCGAGAGCUGUCGGAGUCCUCUGCUCGCUUGAGUUUGAUUGGUAGAUGGGAUUUGAUUCGGUGGGGAUUUUCUUUCUCUUUCUCUUUCAAUUUCUUUUCUGGGAAUUUCGAUUUUGCUCCGUUUGGCCAUGGAAUUUUUACUUUUGUACAUGAUGAUGAAAUUGCUAAUCAACAGCGUGGUAAUCGCGAAAAAAAGCGAGAUUGCCCUUUGAACAAUCUACCUCUUCCUUGUUCUAUUUCGCUCCUCUCCCUUUUCUAUCGAUUGGAUGUGAAAUGCAGUGUCCCACCAUUCUUCAACUUUUCACUUGGAGUCUCUCUCUCUUUCUCUCUCUCUCUCUCUCUCUCUCUGUCUGCAAAGUCCAAAGCAAAACUGGCCAUUUUCCACUGCGGAAUUCUCGCUCUAUUCAGUCGGUCACUGCGCAUUGCCUAGUUUGGAAAUUUCUCACGGUUGGCUCGCGCUUGUUAGGCGAAAGAGGGAGCUGAGAUGCAAUCCAAACAUUAAGAAUUCUCUUCUGUAUCGAUGGAAAUUAGGAGAUGGUACUUAAAAUUUGAGGGACGACCAUUGAGAUCGAAUGCGCGAAAGGAUCCUAAUGCGAUUCGAUGCCCGCUUAAAUUGGAAAUAAGCCAGAUGAAGAGGUGAGGAGAAUCGUGUAGUAGCAUCAGACUUCCUUCGUUAAGAAGUUACCCGAUUUUAACGAUUUGCGUGGACUUCUUUUUGAUGUAUUGGGAUAAAUAGAUACGAGAUAGUGGUGCUGGAAUCCCAUGGCCCAUGGGAUUGCUCGGAUGGGUUGGAGCUUUUGUUUUCCUUAUUUGUAAAGUCUACAUUUGAAUUAUCAUAUAUUACAUUUUGCGUUGGCUCCGGUCAAA